CCCAGAAGACGGGAAACUCGAUCUUAAUAACACGAAUUCUUUUCUGUGUUUCUUAUCAAAGCAGAGCGUAUUUGAAGAUGUGAAAUUGUUUCUUAUAGAACAUAAUUUCUUCUGCAUGGCAAAGUAUUUAUUGAAAAAUGAUCCAUAUUUUGCGACAAUUAAGUUUGUUUUACGUAUUACUAUCAAUUUAUGCUAUAUUAACGAAGUGAUAGAUGAAAUAGCCACAAGCAGAGAAUUUAUUAGAAUAAUCUUAUCUUAUCUGCAAAAGAGCGAAGGGGAUCAGGAAGUAUUAACAAACAUUAUAAUAUUGUUACAAUUAGCGACAUGUGAAAUUCAGAUAAAUCCUGAGUCAGAAUGGAUAGUUCGUUUGAACGAAUGUAAAUUUUUCGGAAGGAGAAUAAUCUUCCUACUACAAUCUUCACAAUGUCGUAUUGGUUGGGAAAUUGUGAAAUUAAUUAAAUAUAUAUCUGAAAUCAAUUUGCCAGACCAAAUCCAUUUCUUGGAACAGCUAUUUAAUAUUGUUACUUUGAUUCCUGCUAUGCAAUUAUAUUACACACAGAUUCAACUGGAGAGCAGUGGGUUAAGGUUUUCGAAAGACGUAAAUUUUAUCGAAACUAUUUUACACAUUCUAAUCAUGCGACAAAUCGAAGUCGGAACUAACAAAUGUAUAACUGAUCGUUUUAACGAGAUUACAUGGGACGUUGGGGAUAAGAAAUUACAUCAAUAUUUUUAUGCCAUGCUUUUAACAGACAUAGAUGAAUGUAUUGCAGUAUUAUACCAUAUGUGA